CAGGAGACUACCUUGGUGGGAUAUUCGUGUAUGCUGGGAUUUCCUUGUACUGGUCUGUCUUUCUCUGUGUGUGUCCUCGUCUCUGCAACUACCUCGCUGCCAUGUGUUUCUUUGUUGUCAUUUUCCUGUGUUUUUCUUGAAUUUUGUGCCUCUCUGUGUAUCUUUCCUUCUCCUUUCUGUCUUUACUGUCCAAUCUUUUCUUUGUCUUUUCUCCACCCUGUUCUAUUUCUGUCAGCAUUUCUCUCUUUUCUACUUCCUCCUUUUCUCUCGACUCCUUGUUUCUCUUUUGCCCCAUUUCUCUGUUGCUUCCUAACUCAUUUGUUUCCCUGACCUACUCUGUCCACUACCUCUUUUCUGUUUUGUCUCUGCUGAUUUCCUUCUGUUCUUUUUUUUUUUUUUUUUGAGACAGAGUCUCAAGCUGUCACCCUGGGUAGAGUGCUGUGGCGUCACAGCUCACAGCAACUUCAAACUCCUGGGCCCAAGCAAUUCUCUUGCCUCAGCCUCCCAAGUAGCUGGUACUACAGGUGCCUGCCACAACGCCCAGCUAUUUUUUGGCCCAGGGUGGAUUUGAACCUGCCAGCUCUGGUGUAUGUGGCUGGCUCCUUAGCCGCUUGAGCUACAGACGCCAAGCCGCCUCCUGUUCCUUUCUCUCUGUCUUCAUGAUCUUUCCUUUUCUCUCUCUCCCUUUCAAUCCCUUUCUCCUUCCCUGUCUUUCCCCCUUUUCUCAUCUCUCUCUACCUCCUCUCUCCUCUGUCAUUAUCUUCCCCUCUUUCCCUCCACUCCCUCCCUGUCUUCUCUUCUUUCUCCCUCCCCAUGUUUCUCUCUUCCCCUCUCUGUCUCUCCUUGUGACUUGUCUCUGCUGUAUCACUUCACUCUCUGUACCUUACAUCCUCCCCUUCAUGUCAUUUUCUCCCUCUCUCUGUUUCUUUGUCCUACCUCCCCAUCCUUUCUGCCCUUGUUGGAGUCCUAGCUCAUGUCUGCCACUGCAGGAAGUCGAGGUACUGCUGAGUGAAAAUGAGAUGCUGCAGGCAAAGCUGCACAGCCAGGAGGAGGACUUCCGUUUGCAGAACAGCACGCUAAUGGCCGAGUUCAGCAAGCUCUGCAGCCAGAUGGAACAGCUGGAACGAGAGAACCAACAACUGAAGGAGGGGGCUGCUGGAGCAGGGAGUACCCAAGCUGCAUCUCUCGUGGAUGGGGAGCUGCUGAGACUACAGGCAGAAAACACUGCCUUGCAGAAGAAUGUGGCAGCCUUGCAGGAACGCUAUGGGAAAGAGGCCAGGCAAUCCACAGGUGUCAGUGAGGGCCAAGGGGACCCCCCAGGGGGCCUGGCCCCCACUGUCCUGGCCCCCAUGCCAUUGGCAGAAGUGGAACUGAAAUGGGAAAUGGAGAAAGAGGAAAAGAGAUUGCUCUGGGAGCAGCUACAAGGCUUGGAGAGCUCAAAGCAGGCCGAAACGUCCAGAUUGCAGGAGGAACUCGCUAAGCUCUCUGAGAAACUGAAAAAGAAACAAGAAAGUUUUUGCCGUCUGCAGACAGAAAAGGAGACACUAUUUAAUGACAGCAGGAACAAGAUUGAGGAGUUACAACAGCGGAAAGAAGCUGAUCUCAAGGCCCAGUUGGCUCGAACCCAGAAGCUGCAGCAGGAACUCGAGGCUGCCAAUCAGAGCUUGGCAGAGCUGAGAGAUCAGUGGCAGGGGGAGCGCCUGGAGCAUGCAGCAGCUUUGCGGGCCCUGCAAGAUCAGAUGUCCAUCCAAAGUGCAGAUGCGCAGGAACAAGUGGAAAGACUUGUGGCUGAGAACACUGCCUUGAGGACUAGCCUGGCUGCUCUGGAGCAGAUACAAACAGCAAAGACCCAAGAACUGAAUAUGCUCCGGGAACAGACUACUGGGCUGACAGCUGAGUUGCAGCAACGGCAGGCUGAAUACGAGGACCUCAUGGGACAGAAAGAUGACCUCAACUCUCAGCUCCAGGAGUCAUUACGGGCCAAUAGUCGGCUACUGGAACAACUUCAAGAACUAGGGCAAGAAAAGGAGCAAUUGAUCCAGGAGCUACAGGAGGCUCGGAAGAGUGCUGAGAAGCGGAAGGCCAUGCUGGAUGAGCUGGCGAUGGAGACAUUGCAGGAGAAGUCCCAGCACAAGGAAGAGCUGGGAGCAAUACGACUACGGCAUGAAAAGGAGGUGCUGGGAGUGCGUGCUCGCUAUGAGCGUGAGCUCCGAGAGCUGCAUGAAGACAAGAAGCGGCAGGAGGAGGAGCUCCGUGGGCAGAUCCGGGAGGAGAAGGCCCGAACACGGGAGCUGGAGACUCUCCAGCAGACAGUGGAAGAACUUCAAGCCCAAGUACACUCCAUGGAUGGAGCUAAGGGCUGGUUUGAACGGCGCUUGAAAGAAGCUGAGGAAUCCCUGCAGCAGCAGCAGCAGGAACAAGAGGAAGCCCUCAAGCAGUGUCGCGAGCAGCAUGCUGCCGAGCUGAAGGGCAAGGAGGAGGAGCUACAGGGUGUGCAGGAUCAGCUCCAGCAGGCCCAGGAAGAGCUGGACUGCCACCUGAAGACCAUCAGCAUCCUGAAACAGGAGGUGAAGGACACAGUGGAUGGGCAGCGGAUCCUGGAGAAGAAGGGCAGUGCUGCUCUCAAAGAUCUCAAGCGGCAGCUGCACCUGGAGCGGAAACGGGCAGACAAGCUGCAAGAGCGGCUGCAGGACAUCCUUACCAACAGCAAGAGCCGCUCAGGCCUUGAGGAGCUGGUUCUCUCAGAGAUGAACUCACCAAGCCGGACUCAGACAGGGGACAGCAGUAGCAUCUCCUCUUUCAGCUACCGGGAGAUCUUACGGGAGAAGGAGAGCUCGGCUGCUCCAGCCAGGUCCUUAUCCAGCAGCCCUCAGGCCCAGCCUCCUCGGCCAGCAGAGCUGUCAGAUGAGGAAGUGGCCGAACUCUUUCAGCGGCUGGCAGAGACACAGCAGGAGAAAUGGAUGCUGGAGGAGAAGGUGAAACACCUAGAAGUGAGCAGCGCCUCCAUGGCAGAGGACCUCUGCCGGAAGAGUGCCAUCAUUGAGACCUACGUCAUGGACAGCCGGAUUGAUGUAUCUGUGGCAGCAGGCCACACAGAUCGCAGCGGGCUGGGCAGCGUCCUGAGAGACCUAGUGAAGCCAGGCGAUGAGAACCUUCGAGAGAUGAACAAGAAGCUGCAGAACAUGCUGGAGGAGCAGCUCACCAAGAAUAUGCACUUGCAUAAGGCGAGUGUGCCUUUCAGUCUACCCAUCUGUCCACUCAGACACACACCACCCCCUACCUGCUCGUCGACUAUCCCCUUCAUGUUCUUAUUUUCUACCCUCCAGUCAACUUAUGAUCAAUUCAGUCCUUCCAUCUACUCAUUCAUCCAUUCAUACACAUAUUCACCCAACCAUUUACCUAUCUGUCCAUCUACCUACCCUAUUAUUUACCCAUCUCAGAAUCUCCUCCAUGUCUUGCAGCCUAUUUCCUGAGAUGCCACUCUCUUAUCAUUAGUUCCCCCUUGCCUUACCUUUUACCUACGCACCCCAUGACCUGCUUUCCUGCCUGCCUGUUGUCCUCCAUCUGUCCUCUGGACAAUUCACUUAUCCACUUUUGCCUACCACAGAUCCCCCCAUACAUCUACCCACACAUCCAUUUGCCAAACCUGCUACUCAACUAGUUUUCCCAUCUCCAGGAGAGUCAGAAAGGAGUUGGACCCAGCUCCUGUCUUUGAAAAGCAAGGUCACAUUUAGUAGAAGAGAAGAUGGUGAGGGUGGUGGUUGUAUCCUCCACCAGCACCAUGUAAUAGUAUCUGUAGCACCAGAGGCUCCCUACCCAUGCUUGCAACUUUUCUGGGUCCAGCUCACUGCUGGGGACUCCAUGAGCUUCUCCAAGUACGUUCCUGUACCAGCUCAGGUGUAGCUGGGUGUUGAUUAAUUAAUGGAGCAAGAAGGAAAUCAUAGAUGAUACCCCUACUUUGGCAAGGGAGUGGUCUGCCCCCUUCUCUGGCCCCUGAUGGCUUGUUUG